CUCUUUUCUUACCGCCGGAAAGAGGAAAAAGCACCGUUGAGACGGGGCACGUGGCAGAACAUCAGUCCACCUGUCCGCCUUAGGAUUCCUCUCAUCCUUUCUCCUCUCUUAAGCACUCACUUCACUUUGUCCCUUUCCCCUCUGAUGUUUCGUUCGUUGCCUCUCAAAGGCAAAGAAAAGAAUACAAUCCCCUUACUCUCCCUCUCCCUCUCUCUCUCUCUCUCUCUACCCAGUACGCUCUCAUUCUCUCUCUACAGCCCUGUGAUCUCCAUCUUCUUCUUCUUCCCCGCUGCUCAAUUCUGUAAUGGCGUCCCAGUGAUGCUCGGAAAAUGUUGGAGGCCCGGCACAUUCUGCUCCCCGCCCUCAAUUCAGCCCUCCUGCUCCUGCUCUGCUCCCGCAUUGUCCGUCCGGCCGCUGGGGUCACCCAGUUCGACUUCGGGACCCUGACCCUCACGAGCCUGAAGCUCCUAGGGGACGCCCACUGGAGCAACGGCAGCGUCCGCCUCACCCGGGACGUCGCCGUACCUUACUCCGGCGCAGGCCGAGUACUCUACUCAGAGCCUGUAAGGUUCCGGCGCCCGGGCUCCCGCGCCCCCGCCAGCUUCUCCACCUUCUUCUCCUUCUCCGUCACGAACCUGAACCCUUCCUCCAUCGGGGCUGGCCUGGCGUUCCUGAUCUCGUCCGACUCCGAGUCCGUGGGCGGCGCCGGCGGCCUCCUGGGUCUUCAAGGGGGGUCUGCCGCCGCCGCCACCUCCCCGGUGUUUGUGGCGGUGGAGUUCGACACCCUCAUGGACGUCGAGUUCAAGGACAUUAACGGCAACCAUGUGGGGUUGGAUCUUAACAGCUUGAUCUCUUCUCAGGUAAGCGACUUAGGCUCCAUCGACGUCGAUCUCAAGAGCGGGAACAUCAUCAACGCCUGGGUCGUCUUCGACGGCUCCACCGGCGAUCUCAGCGCAUAUGUCUCCUACUCCAAUCUGAAGCCCAAAGACCCCAUUUUCAUCGCCAACCUCGAUCUGACUCAGUACAUCAACGAUUUCAUGUAUGUCGGCUUCUCCGGGUCGACCCAGGGGAGCACAGAGAUCCACAGCGUCGAGUGGUGGAGCUUCAGCUCCUCCUUCGACUCUGGCACUGCUCCCCCGCCGCCGCCCCCCACCACCACCCUCACGAAUCCGACUGCCAAUUCUGUGAAGUCUCCGGCCCCGUCAUUGGGCCCCUCGGGGUCCGACGAGGCCGGAAGUGGUACCCAACAGAAGAGCAGUAAGUCUUCUUGCCACAACCAGCUCUGCAAAGAGGGGCCGGGGGCCGUCGCCGGAGUCGUCACUGCCAGCGCCUUCUUCCUGGCUAUUUUCGCCGGGGUUCUGAUCUGGGUCUACUCCAAGAAGGUGAAGCAGGUCAACAAAUCGUCCGAGUCCCUCGCGUCGGAGAUCAUUAAGAUGCCCAAGGAGUUCACCUACAGGGAGCUCAAGUCCGCCACCAAGUGCUUCAACUCGAACCGGAUCAUCGGGCACGGAGCAUUUGGGACCGUCUACAAAGGCAUCUUGCCCGACAAUGGUGAGGUCGUUGCAGUGAAGCGUUGCAGCCACAACACUCAGGGGAAGACCGAGUUCCUAUCGGAGCUGUCGAUAAUUGGCACUCUCCGGCAUCGUAACCUUGUUCGGCUCCAAGGCUGGUGCCACGAGAAGGGAGAGAUUCUAUUGGUGUACGAUCUCAUGCCUAAUGGGAGCUUAGACAAGGCACUGUUCGAGUCUCGGAUUCCACUGCCGUGGCAUCACCGCAGGAAAAUCCUCGUCGGGGUGGCUUCGGCCUUGGCCUACUUGCACCAAGAAUGCGAGAACCAAGUGAUUCAUCGAGAUGUGAAGAGCAGCAACAUAAUGCUGGACGAAGGGUUCAAUGCCCGAUUAGGGGACUUCGGGCUGGCGAGGCAGAUCGAGCACGACAAGUCCCCCGACGCAACGGUUGCAGCAGGCACAAUGGGCUACCUGGCCCCAGAGUACCUCCUAACAGGGCGGGCCAGCGAUAAAGCAGAUGUUUUCAGCUACGGUGCGGUGGUUCUUGAGGUGGCGAGCGGACGUAGGCCCAUCGAGAAGGAGACCAAUAACUAUGCUAACGCUAACAACGGCGGUGGGAAAGCAGCUGGGGUGUGCAGUAAUUUGGUGGAGUGGGUGUGGAGCCUGCACAGGGAAGGGAGGCUGCUGGCAGCGGCGGACCCGAGGCUUGCGGGAGAGUUCGACGAGGGUGAGAUGAUGAGGGUGCUGCUGGUAGGGCUAGCAUGCUCGAACCCGGACCCAGUUGCACGGCCCACAAUGCGGGGCGUGGUCCAGAUGCUGGUGGGUGAAGCUCAGGUACCCACGGUGCCAAGAGCGAAGCCAUCGAUGAGCUUCAGCACUUCGCAGCUUCUACUGAGCUUGCAGGACAGUGUGUCCGACUGCAAUGAGAUUGUCACAGUGUCCGUCUCUGCAUCAUCCACGUCCGAAGGACUAAGUUACUGCCCCGGCGAUGAAAUUGUCUGAGGCUUACCCGCGACAAACUGGACCUGGACCUGGACCGGACUGGCCGAUUCGGCCAGCAUGUGAGUUUCUUUUUUGUGAUUUUUUAAUCAGAUUAAUUAUUAUAUUAUCAAAAAUUUUUUUAUAGUCCUCAAAGGGAAUAAUCAAAAUCUAAAAUGACUUUGUGUACAUAUAAAGUCUUUGUACCACGUAAGGUGGUUGUUUGUACCCAAUCUAUUCAUUAUUUUUCUUAUUAAGUGGGCAGCUAGCUUAGGCUUAUAGACAACACAGUGACAUGCAAUAUUAUGCUGUUGUAAUGAAAGGGAGGGGACGAGGGAUCUCACAGACAACAGUGUUUGGUGGCUGAGGAAAUGGUGGGGCCCACCUUUUUCGAUCUAGAAAUCAUUUAAUGCUGCCGUGCUCGGUCGACUUAUAUCCUUAAUUGUGAUUGGUUCAUAUUUCAAAUCCAAUGGACAUAAUCGGAAUGGAAUUUAGACAGACAUGAAA